AACAAAACUACGUACAAUGGCAACAUUCACAGUACUCUCAUAAGCCUCAUCAACCUUGCUCCAUUUGACAUCCCUAUCCGAAAGGAAAAGAUCGAGAAGAGGUCCAUAGAAGGCAGUUAUAAGAAAACGGAAGUUGGUUACCAACAACAAAAGCUAAUUUGAAUACAAGAGGGAUGGCAAUGGAAGCUGAUCACAAGCUGAAGCUGCUAUUAUUAUGUCUUCUGAUGACAAUAACAAUUCCGGCAUUGAAGGCCAACAUCGGGGAAUUUGAUGAGGAGUGGGAGAGGCGACAGGAAGCAGCCGAAAAGUCUGCGAAAGCGGCCUACAAGCCUGAACCUCUACAUAUUACAACCCAUUUGAACAGACAAGUCCACAAGACACUGGAGGGUCUUAACGACACAAGAAGGAGCUUGAGACACCAUUAUGAUGGUCCAUGCCAGGUUACAAACCCAAUCGACGCUUGCUGGAGAUGCGAUCCAAAUUGGGAUCAAGAUCGGCAGAAGCUAGCCGAUUGUGCUCUUGGCUUUGGACAUGAGACAACCGGAGGCAAAGGUGGACGUAUCUAUACCGUCACUGAUCCUAGUGACGACAACGUGCUCGAACCAGAAGAGGGUACAUUGCGGUGGGCUGUGAUUCAACCUGAACCGCUCUGGAUCAUAUUUAAAGAUGACAUGAACAUAGAACUGAAAGAAGAGCUCCUGGUCACUAGUAACAAGACCAUUGAUGCAAGGGGGUGUAAUGUGCACAUUCAGGGUGGUGCGCAAAUUACUCUGCAGUAUGUGCAGAACAUCAUUAUCUGUAACCUUCACGUUCGUGACACCGUUUCCAAGGAAGGUGGCAUGGUUAGGGACUCGACGGGUCACUUUGGACUACGUACAGCCAGCGAUGGUGAUGGAAUAUCCUUGUUUGGUGCCUCAAACGUUUGGAUAGACCAUGUUUCUGCCUCAAAUUGCGCCGAUGGACUCAUCGAUGUUGUUGCAGGGUCUACUGCCAUUACCAUAUCCAACUCUCACUUCACCGAUCAUAAUGAUGUGAUGCUGUUUGGUUCAAGCGAUAGCUACUAUAAGGAUGAACUUAUGCAGAUAACUCUAGCUUUCAACCAUUUCGGACAGGGAUUGAUACAGAGGAUGCCAAGGUGCAGAUUUGGUUUUUUCCAUGUUCUGAACAAUGACUACACUCACUGGAUUAUGUAUGCCAUCGGUGGCAGCAGCCAUCCUACCAUACUAAGCCAGGGAAAUCGCUACAUUGCUCCAGAAAAUGCUGCAGCUAAAGAGAUAUGUAAUAGAGUCAACACAGCAAAGAGUGAGUGGAGUAAAUGGAGUUGGACAUCAGAAGGAGAUCUUUUCCUGAAUGGAGCGACUUUUACUGAAUCUGGAAGCCCGAUUCGGAAUAUCCCACAAGAGGAUAUGAUAACUGCAAAGCCUGGGACAUUCGUAACCACGCUCACAAUGUUUGCCGGUCCUCUUAAAUGUGAUGAAGGCAAGCCAUGUUAGUACAUAUGAAGCUCAAACUGAACCCUGUUGGAAAAGACACAGGUUGUCGCGAUAGACAGGGAAGAAUAAAAGACCUGUCACUCUGAUUGCAUUUUUGUAUUUCAAUAUACAAACAAUAUUAACUGGAGGAGUUUACACAAUAUAUAAAUAAAUACAAUGGAUAUUUUUGAUCGAU